ACAACAAACACCUAACCUCAAAACAAAAGCGUUCUCACAUUUGGCCGCACGCGUGUUUUGCUCCGUUCGAGUCCGCAGCUCAAUAUUUUGAUAUAGGCCAGGAAGGGGCGAUCCGUUUGUUUCUCCAGUGAAAACCGGUACGAAUGGCGUGUUAGUUUAUCUGGAAAAGUGUCGCAUUGCUAGGAGAAUCGUGGGAAAGUGUUUGAAAAGCACAGAAUUUUCUGUGUCUGUCCUUGAUUUAGGUGCAUUUUGAGCAGCUUGAAAAUGUCGGACGUUGAAAUGGGAUCUCCGAUCAUCAAGAAGGAGAAGAAAAAGAAGAAGAUUAAGCAGGAACCGGGUGCCGAGAUAGAGAAUCUGGGAGAGAUUCAGAAGUCGGGAGACUUCCAAAUCAAGCCAUCUUCGGCCAUUGCCAAAUUGGAUACGUCUAAAUGGCCACUGUUGUUAAAAAAUUUCGAUCGGUUAAACGUCCGGACCAAUCAUUAUACUCCGUUGCCAUUUGGAUCGUCACCGUUGAACCGAAAGAUUAAAGACUACGUAACGUCCGGGUUCAUUAAUUUGGACAAACCAUCCAAUCCAAGCUCCCAUGAAGUGGUAGCUUGGAUAAAGAAAAUCUUGAAGGUGGAUAAAACAGGUCAUUCCGGUACUCUGGAUCCGAAGGUCACCGGAUGCUUGAUUGUGUGCGUCGAUAGAGCCACACGAUUGGUAAAGAGUCAACAGAGUGCCGGAAAGGAGUAUGUGGCUGUAUUUAAGCUUCAUUCUGCUGUCGAAUCGAUUGCCAAAGUUAAUCAGGGUCUGGAGAAACUCCGGGGAGCUUUGUUCCAGCGACCACCGUUGAUUUCAGCUGUAAAGCGGCAGCUUCGCGUUCGUACAGUAUAUGAUUCAAAAUUGCUGGAUUACGACCAGCAGCGGAACAUGGGUGUGUUCUGGGUGAGCUGCGAGGCAGGUUCCUAUAUUCGUACCAUGUGCGUACAUCUUGGUUUGGUCACCGGGGUAGGAGGUCAAAUGUUGGAGCUUCGACGUGUUCGUUCCGGAAUCCAAUCCGAAAAGGACGGCAUGGUGACCAUGCAUGAUGUUCUGGAUGCUCAGUACCUUUACGAAAAUCAUAAAGACGAGUCCAUGCUCAGAAGAGUCAUCAAACCCUUGGAGGGUCUUCUGAUCGGACACAAACGUAUCAUCAUGAAAGACAGUUCGAUCAAUGCCGUUUGCUACGGAGCGAAAAUAAUGAUUCCCGGAGUGCUUCGCUACGAAGACGGCAUUGAGCUGGACCAGGAAAUCGUCAUUGUGACGACCAAGGGAGAAGCCAUCGCCCUGGCCAUUGCCCUCAUGACAACGGCUUCGAUGGCCAGCUGUGAUCACGGAGUCUGUGCCCGGAUCAAGCGUGUCAUCAUGGAACGGGACACGUACCCGCGCAAGUGGGGCUUAGGACCGAAGGCAUCGAUGAAGAAACAACUGAUUGCCGCCGGAAAGCUGGACAAGUACGGCAAACCGAACGAUAAAACUCCCAGGGAAUGGCUGACCGGGUACUCGGAUUACAGCAAACCGGCUGCACCGAAAGCUACCAAUGGCGAUGGAGCCGGUGCUGAAGAUGAAAUGACCGGAGGAAAGCGCAAAUUGAGCGUCGGCAGUGCUGGCGAUGUUUCGUUGAACAACUCUGCGGUGGGCGGCGAUGAUGCUGCCGGGGAAAAGAAGAAAAAGAAGAAGAAGAAGCACAAGAGCGAUGAGGAUGAAGCCACUGCUGCACCCGCUGAAGCUGAGGAAUCGGCAGAGCCCACCGAAGGUAAGGAAAAGAAAAAGAAGAAGAAAAAGGAUAAACAUCAGGACCAGGAAGCGGCCGAAUAAGGGGGAACGCCUCUUCUAGACAAGUGCUACUUCAUUUGAUAUCUCGCAAUAUCUUUACUGAUAUCCUUCUUUUAACCGUUAUCCACAUGGUUGCAAAUCAAUUUCAACGAAGAUAGUUUGGCAUGUUUUACCCAAACAUGAAUGGGUAGGAUACCAUUUUACAAUAAGUAAUACAUUCAAUUUUAUGGAGAGUCAAACCGGUUGGCAUUAUGCAUUUCAAGUGUAUUCGAUUGUAUGAUACACGUUCAACCCAACGUUUACCUUUGCUAUACGAAAGGGUAAAUAAUGUUUGCCCAAACACCUCAGGAUCAGGCAUUAUUGAGCAAUUCAGGAUUUAAAUACAGUGUUCUUAGACGAGAGAUGAAACAAUCAUAGGCCGUUGAUUGUUGAAACCCCUUAGAGUAUUGGUUGAAACAACAGAAGUAAAAACCAGGAUGGGGACUUAUCGGAAUCCCCGCAAAAAGUAGAUCUACAAAGAAGUCGCCAGAUCAAAUCCAACAUUAUUUUCUUGUUUCCUAAGACAAAGUUUGUUUUUACCUUUGAGAUAUACUAAGAAUUAUAUUGUAAACUAAAAAACCAAA